ACACCACCACUCUUUUUGACUUGUAUUGGGUUGUUAGCAUACUAGUUGCUACGGAAGUAGACCUGGACGCGCUGUCAAAACUCCACGCAGUACGCCUCUUCUCUGUCAGUCCGUCAGACGGUUCCCCGGUGUCGCAGUGAGCUCCUCCGACCUGUCCACUGUCACAAUGGCGUGUGUUGAAACCUCCUCUAGCAGGCCGUACCACCUGGUAGUUUUCGGAGCCUCUGGGUUCACAGGACAGUUUGUGGUGGAAGAGGUGGCGCGGACCGUGUCCGAGGGUCCGAAGGGGAACCUGAAGUGGGCCGUGGCCGGCAGGAGCAGGCAGAAGCUGGAAAAAGUUCUGGAGCAAGCCGCUGGAGCCCUCAGUAAGCCUGAGCUGAGAACAGAAGUGGACAUCAUUGUUGCUGAUGUAGGAGAGCCGGACUCACUGGCAGCCAUGUGCAAACAGGCUGUGAUUGUCCUGAACUGUGUUGGACCAUACAGAUUCUAUGGUGAGCCAGUGGUUAAAGCAUGUGUGGAGAAUGGAGCCCACCAUAUUGACCUCUGUGGAGAGCCUCAGUUUUUGGAGGGCAUGCAGCUGAACUAUGACAGCCAAGCAGCUGAGAAGGGUGUAUACAUCGUAGGAAGCUGUGGAUUUGAUUCCAUACCUGCGGACAUGGGAGUCCUCUACACUAGGGACCAGUUUAAAGGUACACUGACUGCAGUUGAGAGCUUCCUGACCGUCAGCACCGGACCUGAUGGCGGGUGUAUCCAUGAUGGCACAUGGCAAUCAGCUGUGUAUGGUUUUGCCGACAGCCAAAAGCUCCAGAGUCUUAGGAGGAAGUUUAACCACAAACCUCUCCCUGUUGUUGGCUCUAAGCUUAAACGCAGAGGUGCCUUGUUCUACAGUAAUGAGAUCCAGCAGUACACGGUGCCCUUCAUGGGCUCUGAUCCCUCUGUCGUGAAGAGGACCCAGCGUUUUGUUGUGGAGGAACAUCAGGCCACACCGGUCCAGUAUGGUGCAUAUGCUGGAGUUGGAGGAAUUGGCAACAUUAUCAAGAUGAUGUUUGCCGGCAUCAUGUUCUGGUUCUUAGUCAAGUUCAGUUUUGGACGCAAUCUACUCAUCAAGUACCCAGAGUUCUUCUCGUUUGGGCUCUUCUCAAAGGCUGGACCAACCAGAAAGCAGAUGGAGGGAUCAUCCUUCCAGUUCGCUUUCUAUGGAGAGGGCUACACAGAGGAACAGGACCCUUCCCAGGGAAAACCUAAUGGCAAGAUCCGCACGCUUGUUCAGGGACCAGAGUGUGGAUAUGUGGCCACACCCAUCGCCAUGGUACAGGCAGCUCUAACAAUCCUCAACGAAUCCACAGCUUUGCCCAAGAAGGGAGGAGUGUAUACACCAGGAGCAGUUUUUGCAAAAACCACCCUCAUCGACCGCCUCAACAAACACGGCAUCCAGUUCUCUGUCCUCUAAAGCCUGUCUCUCCUCUGAUGCCACAGCCCAGGUUUUUUUCAGCGUUUAGUAAUAUCCAUAAUAACAACAUAACAACUGGAAGGUUUCUGGCAUUUAUUGUAAGAGCCUUGACAGGUGAACUACACGUAGAGUUCUGUUUUUUGAGCAUUCGUCUUUUUCAAUAACAUCAAAACCUGCUCCUCUCUUGGGGUUGAAUGUACAACUAACAUCUGCUUGCAAGACAAAUAGCACAACACAAGCACAGCAGAAAAAUACACAAUCAGGUUUAAGAUGACUCCUGGAAAUGAUGAAGGAACUUGGUUCAGGCAAUGUGUUUCAACUUAAACCAACAAGAAAAGUAUUUGAAAUUAUUUCCAUUUUGUGUUUAUGUGUUUUUGAAUAGAAAUAGUUUCUCAUUAUCAUUAACACGUUUUAAAUAUGUUCAUGUUAAAAAAAAAAAAAAUUUGCUGUGUCAUAGAACUUCUACAAUCCCUGAGUUUAUUCUGGACUCAUGCAGUAGCUGUUUGUCUCCCAUAGAGUAGAAACCUGCUGUGUGCACAUACUAGAGUACAUGCUCGUUUUCCAUGGCCUGACCUGCUAUUAAAAUCCUGAUUGUUUAGUUUUUGGCAGUUUAAAUGUUUGCUUUCACUAAACCACACUAUCUUCUUGAAUGUCUUUUUUUUUUUUUUUGCAGUAGCUCAUAUCCACAUGUUUGCUUUGAGCCUUGUCAGAAAAUGCAUCCAGCUGUUGAUGCACAAAACAGAAUGAGAUACUCCCUGAAUCUGAACAGAUUCACUCACUGUUUUGUAAGAACUGUUUGUUUUAUAUACCCAAAGAAAAGCUUGAGCACGUAAGGACUGGACUUGUUUCACCUACAGGGGAUUUUGAUGGUUGCACUCCACAUUUGGUUUGAUAUUUGUGAGUGUUAUGUGCAUGUGACAGGUAUGUUUGGGGGGGUUUGUUUUACUGUGCUUUGCUCUGUAUGAAUUACAAUAAAGCAAACUCUGCUAAUA